AUGUCUUUCGCAAGAUCUAUAGUUCGUUCUUCGGGGCUAGGCGCGGGUGCGCGCGCAAGGCUCAGUCCUCUCGUUGCCUCCCAAGCUCAAAUCACUUCUCGCCGAUUUCAGUCCGUGUAUCCCACCACUGGUGCGGACUUCAUCGCUGAGCGCCGACACCAGGAGGAGCACGCUGCUAGUGAGUUAGCUCCCAACUGUUCUGGUCGUUUGCACCCCAUCUGCUCGGGUUCGUCUCAAGACUUACACAACUGCCAUAAUCUUGGUCUCUUCAUGCAGAGUCCGCAGAACUCUGGCGCAGGAUCUUCUACUACGUAUGCAUCCCAGGAACCAUCGUCCUUGGCAUCUACAUCUACGGCAUCGAAGCUGAGCACAUUCAUCACCGUGACCACGAGAUUGAGGAGAAUGGUGGACAGCUGCCAGAGAGGACCCAGUACGACUACAACAACAUUCGCAAGAAGCGUGAGUGGUCAGGCGCAUGCUUCUCCCGCUUCUGGUCUCAGAAGCUUGGCAAUCAUCACAGCCGCAGCAAGAGUUGCCAAUAGUCAGAUUUGAGUAGGCGAUGGGACCAACGCUGACCCCUGAAACUGUCUGCUUCACUUCACAGCAUUCCCUUGGGGCAACAACUCUAUUUUCUUCAACCCUAAGGCCAAUGUGGACAUGAGCGAGGCCUAA